UAUGUUUUUUCUUUCACGUGUGUUUUUGACAGAGACAAGAUCUGCCUUCAGCAAAAUAAAUAAAAUCUGUCGAAAUGGCGAAAUCAAUCAGGAGUAAAUGGAAGCGAAAAUGCAGAGCUGUAAAGCGGGAGCGAUAUGCUGUAAAAGAACUAGCUAGGCUAAAGAAAAUGUUGGGAGUUAAGGAGGAAGAAAAAGUCAACGAAAGUGAGGUUAUGGAAUCAGACCAAGUUAUUUUUCUCGAUGCUGGCCAAAUGAAUAAGAAAAAAAAGAAAAAGCAGGAACCCAAGGCUGCUCCAGAGGAAGACGAAGACGUACAAAUGAGUUCAGAUGACGAAAAAGUCGAGGUUGACGGAGAAAAUGGGAAAAAACGGGUGUUCAGUUCGAAAACUUUGAAAGAUCAAAAUGGGCAGUACCCAGUGUGGUUACACAAACGUAAAAUCGCCAAAUUGGCUGGCAAAAAGAAGACUUUGAAGAAAAAGUUGAAGAAACGAAAACGAUAACUUAAUUUAACCUUAUUUAGUUCUAAGUUUAUGUGGGAAUAUUAUGUUUUUCCCUAUCUUGAAGAAAAGGCAAACAAUGCAUGGAGUUUCUCGCUGGAAUGCCUAAGAGGACCAUUAUAUGCAACCCAUACAAUCUUGUUACAGCAAACUGACAGUGAAAUCAUGAUAAAAGUGAAAAACUCCAGAAGGUCACUUGGGCCUCCAAGAAGAUUUCUGUGAUUUGUAUAUCUUUUAAACAAACUAAGGAAAAAAUAAUUAGAUCAAUUUGCAACUCAAGCAAACGACUUCUGUAUUGUUCUUUGCCAAUUAACUCGCAAACAAUUUUAUUAUAUUAUUUUGCAAACAAAACAUGUAUUUUAGUGAUACACCUUUUUGGAAUAAACAAGCUCAUUUUUUUUUUAAUUUAUA